UAGUGGUAGUGCUAAAAAUGGGCCAAGCUAAUAAAAGCAACGGAGCAGAUUUGAAGUUAUGGGGAGCCACAGAUAGAAAGGACACGCGUGACCAACAACAUGAAUGUCGUUCGUUCAUAGAACCGGACGUUGUUGAGGUAAUGUCGUGUGGACAUUCAUUCAUUUAAAGACCCAAACACAUUGAAAGUUGAGUUUGAUUUUGCCAUUUGGGCGUCCUCUCCUCUAUCUCACUUUUUACUUUCAGAUUUUGAAAGAUAAUGGCAGACACUGAGGAUAUUCAGCCACUCGUCUGCGAUAAUGGGACAGGAAUGGUUAAGGCUGGAUUUGCUGGAGAUGAUGCUCCAAGGGCAGUGUUUCCUAGCAUUGUUGGUCGACCACGUCACACUGGUGUGAUGGUUGGGAUGGGGCAAAAGGAUGCAUAUGUUGGGGACGAAGCUCAGUCCAAGCGUGGUAUUCUAACACUGAAAUACCCCAUUGAACAUGGUAUUGUGAGUAACUGGGAUGACAUGGAGAAGAUCUGGCAUCACACCUUCUACAAUGAACUCCGUGUGGCCCCAGAGGAGCACCCUGUUCUGCUCACUGAAGCCCCUCUCAACCCAAAGGCUAAUCGUGAGAAAAUGACCCAAAUCAUGUUUGAGACCUUCAACACUCCUGCUAUGUAUGUUGCCAUCCAGGCUGUCCUUUCUCUCUAUGCCAGUGGCCGUACAACUGGUAUUGUUCUGGACUCUGGAGACGGUGUGAGCCACACUGUGCCCAUUUAUGAAGGGUAUGCCCUCCCCCAUGCCAUCCUCCGUCUUGACUUGGCAGGGCGUGACCUCACUGAUGCCCUGAUGAAAAUCCUCACUGAGCGUGGUUAUUCCUUCACUACCACAGCUGAGCGAGAAAUUGUGAGAGAUAUGAAGGAAAAGCUGGCUUAUAUUGCCCUUGAUUAUGAGCAAGAACUUGAGACUUCAAAAACUAGCUCUGCUGUUGAGAAGAGCUAUGAGCUGCCUGAUGGACAGGUCAUCACCAUUGGUGCUGAGCGAUUCCGCUGUCCUGAAGUCCUCUUCCAGCCAUCCAUGAUUGGAAUGGAAGCUGUUGGCAUUCAUGAGACCACAUACAACUCUAUUAUGAAGUGUGAUGUGGACAUCAGGAAGGACUUGUAUGGAAACAUAGUCCUCAGUGGUGGCUCUACCAUGUUCCCUGGUAUUGCUGACAGAAUGAGCAAGGAAAUCACUGCCUUGGCCCCAAGCAGCAUGAAGAUCAAGGUGGUUGCUCCACCCGAGAGGAAGUACAGUGUCUGGAUUGGUGGCUCUAUCUUGGCUUCUCUCAGCACUUUUCAACAGAUGUGGAUUGCAAAGGCAGAGUAUGAUGAGUCUGGUCCUUCAAUUGUACACAGGAAAUGCUUUUAAAUGCUGCAGAAUGACUUGGUGUAGGUACGGUGUCCUCCUUUGGCAAUACAGUAGCACCUUGCAAUUCUUGAAGAUUUUUUCCUAAGAAAUGUUUGUGUUGUUAGAACAGUGAAGUGACAUAAAGUGGAGUUUGAUGGCAGAAUUAAUUCUUUCAUUUGUUUUGUUUUUACCAUUGGUAAUUGUUGAACAGUUGAUCUUUAAUGAUAAGUCAAAACCAUUUCAAUUUAUUA